AUGAGGAAAGAUAAGAAGUUUUUGGAUUUACUCGGACGUUCGCCUCCAAAAGAAUCGGUUUUUGACGUCGUGACAAUAGCAAGUGACGUUGAACAAAAUGAGCACUCCUCGGAUUUGACAAAUACAUCGGAUACUAUCUCUGAAAGCAGUGAGUUCAAUUUGAAAAUAACAACUUCAGCAUCGCAUCUCCAAGGCCCUGCUGAACUAAAAAUGUGCGACGUAUGUUUCGGCGAGUUCAAGACGAUAUAUGAUUUGUCGUGCAAUCAUAAGUUUUGUUCUGGAUGUCUCCGCAAUUUCUUCUUGGAAGCAAAAAAUCCAACAUUCAUUCUUCCGGUCAGAUGUUGUAAUAGAGAGGUUAACAUGGAUUAUGCAGCUUUAGUACUUAAACCUGAGGAAUUCCAGCAAAUCUUUCGAAGGAUAAGUAACGCGUCAUAUCGUCUAUUCUGUCCAACUCCUGGGUGCGAGAAUCCGAUUCACGUGAAUGAAUCUUUCACCAGUGAUCCAUCUUCAAAUAUCACAUCACCACCGCCAACGCUAAUUCUACACGAGACUCCAGGAAUUCUUAAAUGCCCAAUGUUGGAGAGGCCAAAACGAGAAAAAAUUCCGCCGGAUAACAAAGUUGCGUGGAUGGAGGCAAUGUACUGCAUGUGGGAUUUUUGUAGAGCGAAGGGGGGGUUGUAA